GGGCGAUGCUUUUCUCGCGGACUUAGCCCAUUGCGCCUUGACGCAAGUUCUUGAUGGAACGUAGCCUGCAAUUGAGGAGCUGAUACACUUCAGGCUGCUGAAGCCAGAGGAACUAUCAACAAGAACAACUCUCAACAGUUUACCCGUUUUUUUUUGAAUCGUCGAGCCUUAUCGUAUCGUCGAAGCCAGUCGGCAGUGACCACGAUCGUGGUUCCUAUCUGAUCUGCUGAAGCUUCUCAUCUUUGUGCUCGGCUGCUUCAUUUCUGUACCAUGAACGCGUUUUUGAAGCCGGAUGAAGAGAGGGAGCCUCGCCAUUCCCUCCAGUCCAACAUUUCGUCUGAGGCCGACGGGGAUUGGGAAUUCGUUCCCUCCCCUGGGCUGCUACCCACGGAUCAUGCCAUCGGAUCUUCCAAACAGCAGAUGCUCCCUGUUGAAAUUUUGCAGAGAGCCGGAGACUGGAUCCAGUGGGGACUUGACGGUGCUGUGAAGGGAGUGGAACGAACCUGCGAUGGAAUCAAUGGCCUUUGGCAUUACAGAAGGGUCAGUGAGGAGCGGAGGGACGCUCUAGAGCUGGCUUCGAGGCAACAGUGGAAGCUGAUGGAGAUUGAACAACAGCGCAUCAAGGAGCAAGAGAGAGCUCAACAGGAAGAGAUGAAGCGGAAGACAGAACUUGAAGACCAGAUGCGAGUUGUGCAGAGGGUGAAGAAACAACGAGAUGAAGCUGAUGCAAGACUCCGUGAACAGGAAUCGCUGCUGAAGCAAGCUGCCAAGAUCGGAAAGGAUCAAAGUCAGGAAUUGGAGAGGUUACGCAUUGAGGCCGAGCAGCGAAAGUUCCAAGAAGCUGCUGCGCUGUCUGCUCUCGAUGAGCUGAGAGAGCGUCAGCACCUUGCACAGGAGGAGAGCCGCGAGAAGGCACGGCUGCUGAAGGAGAGAGAGCAGGAGCUUCAUCGCCAGCAAGAGCAGCACCAGAAGGAACUGCAGGCCCUCGAGGAGAAGCUUGAGAAGAUGAAGGAAGCUAUGGAAAGCCAGGCGAACUCAAGUGCCAACAGGCGAUCGUGGAGGAACAGCUACGGCAGUGAGGAAGGGAACGAAGACAACUUCCCGGACGAGUUCUACUGCUCUAUUACACUGGAAGUGAUGAGGGAGCCCGUGCUUGCCGCCGACGGGUUCAGCUAUGAGAAGGCAGCCAUAGAAGACUGGUUCGCCAAGGGGCAUCGGACGUCUCCAAAAACGGGAGCUCAGAUGAAGAACACAGAGCUGCAGCCGAAUCUAGCGCUCAGGAAUCUGAUCCAGGGAAAGAUCAAGCAGCGAGUUGCGGCGGAACAGUAGAGCGAAGGACUUUGUUGUUUGUCGCAAAUGGCCAAUCUGUACUUUACGUGCCUUGAAUAAGCUGG